AUGGACGGAAAUUUGGAGCCACUUCUCACAGCGUAUCUCAUGUUCAAGCAAUCCAGUGCCAGUGAGACUAAGAUUCGCAGGCAGGAGGUCACCGCGGAUAUUGCCACAGCGCAAGGAAACGAAUCCUUCUUCUCUUGCUCGCGCACCGUGAAGAAAGGCCGCCUGGGCUACUCAGGUGUGGCUACGUUUUGCAAGGUGGUGUGUGGAAACAAUGUAGCGUUGCCUGUGGCUGCCGAGGAAGAACUUCUCGACUUGGACAACGAAGGCCGAUGCAUCGUCACGGACCACGGGUAUUUUGUACUCUUCAAUAUCUAUGGUCCUAAUGUUGGCUGUGGAGACGUUGAACGGCAGGACUUUAUGCUACAGGUAUUGACAGAUGCGUUGCUGUUUGUUGUGAAUCUUUCGCAGUGUAGGCUGGAAAGCAUCUUAAAACAAGGCAGGAGGAUUAUUAUCGUGGGUGACUUGAACAUUUCUCCAUAUCCUAUCAACUCCUGUGACCCUGGCCCAGAAUUUGAUACCAAUCCGAGCCGUCAAUGGUUUAGAUCAUUGCGUGAGCGAGGUGGUGCGUUUUCAGACGCGUUUCGCGUGUUUCAUCCUGAAAGAGCAGAGGCUUACACUUGCUGGUCUCAGGCAUCGGGUGCGGAGGAGUUUAACUACGGCAGUCGUAUUGAUCACGUUCUUAUUGCUGGUCCCUGCGCUGGCCAUUGUCAGUCUCCUGAUGGAUAGCAUGGCAAUAGUAGCUGUGACGGAUUUGCAAAGUGUGGAACAGAUAUGUGUGACAUUCUUCUCGAGUUUAAGCGUGCAAAG